AUGGGUUCGCCAGUCUGGCAUACAUUUGCUCGUCAGUCACGACGUGCGUUUUCGACGACGGAAUUGAGCAAUGGCAUCAACAUGGCCUACGAUUUCUACGAGCCUGAUGCGAAGAAGGCGAUGACUGGUGGACCUAUCGUCUUCAUCCACGGCUUCUUUGGCUCCAAGCGAAACAACCGGAGCAUGAGUAAAGUACUGGUCCGCGACUUAAAUCGUCCCGUUUAUGCCAUCGACACACGGAACCACGGCGACUCUUCACAUUCACCCGUGCAUAACUACACUGCCCUCGCCGAGGACGUCGAGCUCUUCAUCGCCGAGCACCGUCUCGAAUCCGUCACCCUCAUCGGACACUCCAUGGGCGCCAAAAUUGCUAUGACGGUCGCGCUCCGCCAAGGCCAGCGCGAAAGCAAAAUCGACGCAAAGACAAUAGCCAAUCUCAUACCGGUGGAUAACGCCCCCGUCGACGCGGCCCUACAUGGUGGAUUUGCGAAGUACAUGCAGGGGAUGCGGCGCAUUGAGGAGAGCGCCGUCACGAGUCUCGACGCCGCGGACAAGAUUUUACAGGAAUAUGAGGAGAGCCUGCCGGUUCGGCAGUUCCUCUUGACAAACCUCAUCCGCGAUACUGAAGACCCUGGGAAUAAGCGGAAAUGGCAGGUCCCGCUGAAGUAUCUGCAGCCCGCACUCAACGGCAUGGGCGAUUUCCCAUUUUCGGAUCCGGAUACUGUGCGAUGGGAGGGACCGACUUUGUUUGUCCGGGGUACACAGAGUCCUUAUGUGGCGGAUGAGAUGUUGCCGACGAUUGGCAGAUUCUUUCCAGGUUUCCGGAUUGUAGAUGUGGAGGCGGGUCAUUGGGUGAUUAGCGAAAAGCCGGAAGAUUUCCGAGAAGGUCAGUCCCAUUUGCUUAUCGAACUGCUGUGCUGA